UUUCUGCAGCCGUGUAGUCCUGGCCUUGUUUAUAUGAGGCUGUAGAUAAGCCGGGUUAUAAAAAAAGAGUAGUGAAAUUGUUCAAAGCAGCCCAGAUAAGCGACAUUUGGGAGAGCUUGCGGUCUGACAAUGGGAGCUAACAACAGUAGCCACCGAGUGUCAUUUGAAUCAGACGAGAACGACAACAUAACGGUGGUGAAGGGCAUACGGCUUUCUGAAAAUGUGAUCAAGCGUAUGAGAGAACCCAACGCUCCAAAUAAACAAAGUGCUCCCACUGCACCAGCCGCCACUCCACCUCCACUGCGACCUGUUCCUCCCCUUGUCGACCUCCCAACCUCCCUGCCUCCCCCCCCUCCUUUCGUAGAAGCCAUAGCACCUCCACCUGCCACCCAGUCUGUGGCUGCGCCUCUUCCCAAACCUCCCACAGAACAGCCCACAGUGGAAUCAUUAUCGUCUGCUCCAGAGUCCGAGCCAGCGGCAGUGCCUCUGUCAGGUCCAGUUUCAACACCUGCUGCGCCACCAGCAGUGAAUGAAGAAGCCCUGAGGAAGAAGAUCACUGAUGAGCUGUAUAAAGACUUGGAGCAGAAGAGGGCUAAAGCAGAGCAGGAGAUGCAAGCAUGGUACGAUGCGGAGAAGGCCCGGGCAUCAGCUCAUGUUCAGGCUGAGGCUGAGUCCAAAGUCAGGGAAGAAAUAUCCAAGAUCCUCUCUGCUGAGCGCGCCCUAACCCUAGACAGCCUCCAGCAAGCUAUCAUUAGGGAGCAGAUCAGCAGUGAGGAUGAGAGGCUUCGUACUCAGCUACUUGAACUUGAGCAGAAGGCCAAACAGCUAGAGGCAAGGGAAGCAGAUCUGAAGAAGCAGGAUGCGUUUUACCGGGAGCAGGUGGCCCGACUGGAGGAAAGGAGCGCGCAGCUCUACAAGGUCACUACAGAGAACUAUCAUAAAGCUGCAGACCAGAUAAAUGCCAAAUUCAAGAGGUAUGAAGUGAAUCCAGUAUGUGGAGACCUCCAGGGCCAGAUCCUGGGUUGCUACAAAGACAACGUUGGAAAAACCCUAAAUUGCUCCAACAUAGCAGCUCUUUACCUGCAGUGUGUUAACGAUGCCAAACAGAACCAGUUGAGGACUGGGGGAUAAGGAUGAAGGAGAAAAAAAAGGAGGAGCAAUUCUGAGUAUAUUGGGGAUUAUAGGUUGAUGGA